GUUAGGUUCAAGGUUAGGUUCUUCACGUCUUCGUUGACAACUCGUUGAUCAUUGCGGCCAUAAAUUUUAGCAUAUCUUUGAUGGACUGGAAAGUUAGGUUAGCACGAAACCGCUGAAGAAACUUUUUUUAAAUUAUCGGAAGAUAGGAGAAAAUGAGUUUUUGGGAUGAAUUUACGGAAGCAGUGAACGAUGUUAAAUUGGGAUUUAUUAUUGCCAUGGUCCUCGGCUAUGGUUUUUAUCGAUUGUCAAAACGAAAUAAACCGGAGGAAAAUCCACGAGACGAAGCCUCGGAUUCGUCGGACGACGAAAUAGCGGAAUUCAGUUCCAAAGACGAAACGAAAAUGGUACUUAUCGUCAGAACGGAUUUAAAAAUGGGCAAAGGCAAGAUAGCAGCUCAGUGUGCUCAUGGUGCAGUUGCAGGUUACAAAUCAGCAUUAAAACAUCCCAAGUUGUUGAAGGCUUGGGAAAGAGAGGGACAAAAAAAGAUUACACUGAAGGUGGACAGUGAAACAGAGCUGACGGAAUUAUCAAAACAUGCAAAAUCAGUUGGACUUUUAACAAAUAUUAUCCAAGAUGCUGGAAGAACUCAAAUCGCAGCAGGGUCUCGCACUGUUUGUGCCAUUGGACCAGGUCCAUCGAGCUUGAUAGAUAAAGUGACUGGACAUCUCAAGCUGUUUUGAAAUACUUUGAUAAUGUAAGAAUUGACUGAAUUCUGUACAUACAAUUCUUUUGAUACACAAACAUGGAGAAAAAGUAAAAAAAAAACUACAAUACUAUAAAAA